AGGCGCAGCAGGGUGGCUGGAGCGCGCAGGCCCCAACCACACCCAGGCGGGGAGGCACAGCGGCAGGAGCCAGCAGCCAGCAGCCAGUGUCGCUCCAGAGCCCGCACCGUCGCCACCACUCCCGCACCACGCCACACACUGCCGCCGCCCUCCUCAGCCAGCGCGACGACACCCUCCGGAGGCCAGUGUCGGGGCCUUGAUGGUGUAGAGCAGACCCCCCGCAGCCCCCCAGCAGCAGCCCCCCGGCCCCUGCCACAGCCGCCCCUCGACGCCUGCCCCAGCAAGUCCCCGCCGUCGCCGCCACCACCACCACCACCAUGAUAAUCGGACUCGUGCGAGACUCCUUCCUCCGCUGCUUCUGCCAGACCUGCUCCGUCAACUCGGCGCUGCCAGCAGGCCGGCACCACAAGAAGCCCAUCAAGAAGAUCCAGAAGAAGCCCAAGUGUAAACAGCCCAAGAAGGGGAGGAAGUACUAUGUGGCCACUGAGAUCAGGUGCGAGGAGAAGUCCCGUGGUGGCAUGUGCUAUGAGGUCAUCCUGGCCGAGCCCUCCGCCGACAAGCCUACGCCCCCCGCCACUGCCUCGCCGCGCCCCAAGAGCAUGACGGCCGAGGAGAUUGAACAAAAGCUCCUGCAGGCCGAGGAGCGCAGGAAGUCAAUGGAGGCAUCCCGGCUGGCAAGUGUGGGGGAGCGCAUGACCCGGCUGGAGGAGGCGAGCCGCAAGCGUGAGGAGACAAACGCUGCCUUCAUCGCCGCCACGCAGGCUGCCCUGGAGGACAAGCUGGACACCACCUCCAGCAACCGCGAGGCCUAUCUCAACGGCCUGCGCGCCAAGCUGUCUGACCAUUUGAGCAACGUGGACGGAGUGCGCAAGCAGCUGGAGACACAGACCAAUGACCUGCGCCAGACCAUUGAAGACAAGCUGAGGUCCGCCGAGGAGAACAGGACUGAGAACCUUGGGAAGAUGCUCGAGAAGCUGAAGGAGCAUGAGGACUAUGCCCAGAAGGUCCGUCUGGGUCACGAGGACGCCAUUCGACAACUGGAGGAGCGCAUCCAGUCCAAGCUGGUGGUGGCCUCUAACAAGCGCGAGUCUGAGAUCCUGAAGAAGCUGGAGACUCUGCGGGAACAUUCAAACAAGAUCUCCGAGGCUCAGGAAAUGAUCAACAGGAAGCAGGAGGAGGCAAGGCAGCAGAGGGAACAGGAGGUCGCCGCCAAGAUAGAGCGACUGAAGAAGAUCCAGGACGAGAAGGAGGCAAAGAGGCAAGACUUGACGAAGGUGAUCUCAGAGAAGCUCGAGACAGCACAGGAGAACAGGAGCAAGGAGGAGGAGGAGCUCAAAAAGAAGGUGAUGGAGAAGUUGGAGCAGAAGCUGGAGGUGGCCGACAGGAACAGACUGGAGCUUGCGGAGAAGACGAGGAAGGCGCUGGAGGAACAUGAUCGCCGCGCCGAGAUGGUGCGGGCCAACAAGGAGCGCAUCAUGGCCGCAGAGAAGCAGGAUGCCGCCUCUUCCGGCUAAGUCUUCAACGCUUCACACACCCCGCCCCCAGCCCUCCCCUGCACCCUCCCCAGCCCACUCCCACCCCAGCAGUCCUUUGGACACCAUGUUUAGCAGCUGGAGGUGAUGGGGGUCAGGGAGGGGCCACACCACGCACCCGUUCCCUGCCAUACCUCUCCCCCUCCUUAUCUCAUAGUCUUAUUAUUGAUGAUAAUUAAGCUAGGAACCAAGAGCAUUUGGGUGACUGAAGAUGCUGUUCUUCCCUCCAUUGCUCAAGAUGUUUUUUGAGCAAGCUGCAGCCAUAGUUACCAGACACGCCUUGGAGAUGGGACAGGAGUCUCGACCAGGAGGCAAGGAAGGGCUCGUGCCGCGUCCCCUCGGGCAAUUCUCCGCAGAUUUGGUGUUGUUCCCUAAAGGCUAUACUAAACCCGCCCUCCCUCCCCCUUCCUUAUGUACUCAGCCUUGGUAUAGGUUCACUGUCACACCGGUGUUGAACAUACAUAACAUACAUACAGCCACACGCAAUGAUGUUUGCUUGUACAUGAGAGGCAUGCCUGUAUGUGUGUGUGUUUGUGUGCAUGUGCGUGUGAGUGUGCGCACAUCUCCUUGCGUGUGUCCUUGCCGGGCCACCGCGAGUGAUAGCUAACGUCAAGUCAGUGAGGGUGAUCUUGUGUAGGUAUGUCUUACUCUUGCCUCUUACUACUGCCAGUUUUAUAAGUUGAGACGUCUCUGUCGCACGUCACUUGAGGGUGAAGAGUGGGCGGAGGGCUGGAGGGGCAAGGGAGGGAUGGCGUGGAGGCCAGAUCAGGGUAUGGAGCUAAAUAGAGUAGAGUAAGAGUGGAGGGGUGAGCUUUACAGUAGAUGAUUGUAAGGUAAAAGAUAGUUUGAGUGGAGUGGAAAGGGGAGGGCUGGGCCAGACUAUUGAUGUGGAAUAGGAUCGAGUAGAACGCCCUCCAUCCUCACCCUCUCUUUACCCUCCAUCCUCACUCACAGGGUUUUUUUAGGAGCCAAGACCAUCCACCCCUUAGGAAUGGAGAGGCAGACCAUCCCUUCCCUCUCCCUCAUCCCUUAAGGACCAGAGAGACAGCCUGGCCAUCCAUCAACACCCCUCCCUCGGUCCUUCCCUUCCCCCCACCCGCCACGGCAACAGACUUCUUCCUCAGACCUGUCCACACUGCCUUCUGCUCUCCUGUGUUUGUGGCAUUCUGCCCGUAGCGCCUCUGCAAUAGUUCCAUUAAUUAUUGUGAAAAUCGGUGUCCUCAAGACUUCCCUACCAUUUCAAAUAUCGUGAUAUUCUCAAUUAAAUAUUUACCGUUAAGAUUCUCUUGUGAUCUGUCUUUAGUUCUUAAGGAUUUUCUAGCCAAGAUCAAAACUGAAAGACUGUAUUGUGAGACAGCCUUGUAGCCUUGUAUCACUCACAGUACAGAUUUUAGUUUUAAUCUUUGUACAUUGUGUAAAAACAUUUUAGUUAGCUAAACAAAAGGAAUGAAUCAAAUUUGAAUGCUUUUUGCAAGAACAGCAGUUACUACCAGGAAGUUUCAUUUAGGAUUUUAACGUUUAAGAUUUGCAUUUAGCGUAAGGUUGUGCAAGAAGAGCACCAGCAUUACUGUAUGUGCUUAGAGGUUCAGCAGAACUAAACCAACCACUCGUUAAUGAUAAGUUAUUUUUAGGGAGAAUGAUGAAAGCUCUGGAAUAUAUCAAGUGGUCACACCCAAGA